GUUUUAUGCCACAAGUGCAAUAAACGUCGCCAUGCUUCGAGGUUUUUUCGGGCGCCGCUCGCGGUCAGCAUGGGUUCGGCUCAUUUAUUUGUGCAUCGUCACAAUAAUCUUCCUUUUCGCCACAUCACAGUUCAAAUCGACGACAACUCACGCGAGAUUCGUGCCAGAGCCCUCGGAUCCGCGUCUCCACCCAAAUUCACCACUUCAAGCUCCAAAAGCUCAGGAGCCAGCAGCUGCAGAAACCACGAAAAAGCCGUCUCGUCAACCCCACCACACAACUGCAAAACCAAGAACUGAAAAUGUAGAAAUAAACGGAGAAAAAUACCCGAAACUCUCUCCAGACGGAAAUCUCAUUCCACAACGUCGAAUUGUUCAUUUGGAUUUGAAAGGAGCACCCUAUAAACCAGAAUUUUUCACUGAACUCUUCGCAUUUUUCAAUAGAAUUCAAGCGACAGGAAUUCUUCUCGAAUGGGAAGAUAUGUUCCCAUUUAAAGGCCGGCUCCGCGGAGCAAUCAAUAAAAAUGCCUAUUCUAUGGAGACCGUUGAGCACAUUCUACAAGAAGCCCAAAAGCAUCAUUUACAAAUUAUCCCACUUGUUCAGACAAUGGGACACUUGGAAUGGAUACUGAAACUUGAAGAAUUUGCUCAUUUGAGAGAGGAUACACGAUUCCCUCAAGUUAUAUGCUUUUCCGAUGAAAAUGCGUGGGAAUUGAUUAAAGAAAUGAUUGAGGAAGUUGCAAAUGUGCAUAAAAAAUAUGGAAUGAGCUAUUUUCAUAUUGGAGCCGAUGAGGCUUUUCAGAUCGGAAUCUGCAAUGCUAGCAUCACUCAAAUAAAAAAAGAAUUCACCCGUGAACGUCUAAUGCUUUGGCAUAUUGCUCGAACUGCACGCUUCGUAAAAGAAAAGUAUCCAGAAACUCAAGUUCUAGCGUGGCAUGAUAUGUUGGCAAGUGCAAUGGAAUCAGAUAUUGAAGAUUAUAAGCUCACGGAGCUAUUGCAACCAGUUUUAUGGAAUUAUGCAGAAGAUCUUGAUAUCUACCUUCCCCGUUCAACAUGGAUGAUUCUUCGGAAUUUCCGAAAUGUUUGGGGAAGUUCUGCAUGGAAAGGAGCUGAUGGACCGGCGAGAUAUUCGACGAAUGCCAAUCAUUAUUUGAAGAAUCAUGAAUCUUGGAUUAAGCAGUUUACAAUGGUUUAUAAGGAUUUUGAAGUUGUUGAGGGUCUAAUAAUGGCUGGUUGGUCCCGGUACGAUCAUUUCGCCGUACUUGCCGAAACAAUUCCCGUAGCCCUUCCGACACUUGCAAUGAGUAUGGAAACAAUGAUUGAAGGACGUCCACUUGCUGGAAAUUAUCCUGUAACUUCGGAACUUUUACAAUGUACACCACCUCUUGAUUUGGGAUUUACUGCCACUGGAUGCAAAUUUCCGGGGAAUCGAAUCUAUGAAUUGAUUAAUGAAAUGUAUCAAAAACAAAUGCAAUUGAGAACAUAUCGACUGGAUGAUUAUGAGCUUAAUGGAUGGUUAUCCAGAGUUGCUGAUGAUUAUUCCGUUUCUAGUCAUUGGUAUAUUGAUAAAAUCGAGAAUAUGAUCGAAAUGCACGCUACUCCACUGGAACAAUUAGCCGACGAUCUCCGCUUCGAAAUGGAGAGAAUCUUUUUCAAGGACACUGUCGAUGAGUUCAUAUUCACAUAUUUAGGCGAAGAUCUUGAAUGGUUCAAUAGGAAACGUGAGACAAUUCGCAAAGUUUCAACGUCACAAACAUUCCCGAAACGACCGUUUAUUGAAUCGGCGAAAAGCGAAAAAACUUGUACAUAGACGAAUUGCGCAUUUUUCCAAAAAAUUUAUUAGCAUUUUAAUUGUGCUUAAAAUGUGCUAAAAUCCCUCAAAAAUCAUGGUUUUAAUUUUAUUUUGAAAUUUGCCAUUAAAUGGGCGUGUUAAGCCCCGUCCGACAAAAAGUUUUUUUUAAUUUUUCAGAAUUUAAAAGAGCUCCCGAUUCGGGAAAUUUUGAAAAAAAACAUAAAAAUUUUGAAUUUAGGGGCGUGGCUUGUUGGACUCCGCCCAUAAAAUGGCUUCAUGAUUUUUUUGGUUAUUUUUGCACAUUUUGGCACGUUUUACGUAACAUUUUUCUCAUCUAAAAUAUUGAUUUUUUAUUUCAAUUUUUUCCAAUUUUAAGCAUAAUUUAAGCGGGAUAUUUUUUGCCGCUCUCGCCACUAAUGUAGAUAGACUACAAACUAUAAUUUCUCCGUCUCUCUCUCUUUGUUCAUAAUUUGUCGUUUCUCCUUGAGUUUUCCGGGUUUUUCAUCCAUUUUUGGUGCUUUUUUCUUGUUUUUUAAAAAAUACUAGUUUUAUUGUAAGUAGGCGAGAUUUAGAGUGUUGCGGUUUUGGGAAAUUUUUGGGAUAUUUUUUUUGGAUUUUUGUGGGGAGAAUAGCUGUUUCGCUAGGAUUUUUUCUGGAUUUUUUCUAGAUUUUUUAACUGAAAAUUCGCAUUUUCGAAAAAGAAAUUAUUUAGAAUUGGAUGUUUUUUCCAAAAUUAUAGUAAACAGAAAACUAACUAAUAAUUUAAAAAACGCAUUAAAAUCGGCAAAUUGCCGGAAUUGAAAGAUUCCGGCAAACCGGCAAUUUGCCGAAUUUGCCGGAAAUUUUCGGCAAAUUGUGUUUUGCACAUUUUUUUUUGGAAAAAAAGCACAGUUUUAAGUGUUUCCGUCUUAUAACAAUCCCUCUAAAAAUUCCGGCAAAUUGAUGUUCGGCAAACGGCAACUUGCCGAAAUUGAAAAUUUCCUGCAAGUUAGCAAACCGGCAAUUUUCCGAAAAUUAAAAUUUCCGACAAAUCGGCAAUUUGUCAGAAUUGAAAAUUUCCGGCAAAUUGGUAACUUGUCAGAAUUUAAAGUUUCCGGCAAACCGACGAAUUGCCGGAAUUGAAAGUUUCCGGCAAAUUGCAAUUUGCCGAUAAUUCAAAUUUCCGCCAAAUCGGCAAUUUGCAAGAAUUGAAAAAUUUCCGGCAAAUCGGCAAUUUUCCGAAAAUUAAAUUUUCCGGUAAACCGGCAAUUUGCCAGAAUUGAAAAUUUCCGGCAAAUCGGUAAUUUGCCGAAUUGCCGUCCAUCCCUAACUCCACCUUUAAUUUAAAUAAAAUGGAGCAACAGGAGCUGCGGGCUCUUUGUCUCUCUCUCAUUUCCGGUGUGUACCUCUCCUGCUUCUCCCAAAGUCGAGCAGUGAGUGAGAGAUGGAGAGAUAUCAGAGAAGCAGAGAAUGUCUCAGUUGUAUUGGUGUCCACAGCAGAAGCUCCAGGCUUCUUCUCCCCGGCAGUUCUUCGUCCCAUUAUAUCCCACCACCACCGCUCUGCUCCCUUCUCUUCCCUCUCUUCUUCUUGUUCCCUAUGGGAAAUCUCGAACUUUUAACACAAAAUUUAUAUAUUUUCUCGUGUUUGUUCCUGUUUCAUACUUUAAAAUGAAUAAAUUUAAGUUUUUGAAAUU